UUAAAUAAAUGUAUAAAUCUUCACAAAAAAUACUAUAUUGCAGAAAUACCCCAAAAUGAUUUUGUAUAAAGUAGUUCGUUACAUAUUAUAAGUCUUACAUAAGUAGCCUACUUAUAAGGACUUAUCAUAUACUUUCUACCGUGUUUUUCUUUCUGUCGUUUACGCGUUAAAAUGUGAAUCCCAAUGUAAUUGAUAAAAUAUUUAGUUCGUUCACAUUUUAACGCGUAAAUGAAAGAAAGAAAAACACUUUAUUUGCAUUUCAUUUAUCUAUACGUCAGCGUAAGUCCCAUGACAGCUGACAGCACUGUACAAUAGGCUAUUUCCUCUCUUGGAGGAGGGUGGGGCGCCCUCAAACGCCUCUUUACAACAGCUACUUCACUUGUUGGCCAAAACACUGCAGCCAUCUUGCUCAGCGCAUCGAGAGUGAGUAAACGCUAAAAUUAGGUGUGUUGGCUUGUCGUAAACCCCGAUAUCCUUCUCCCAAUAGUCACACGGUGCAAUUCUGAAACAGAAUAGCUAUCGUGAAGGCAGAAAGACGCUGGCGGCAAUGUAACAUUUGAUGAAAACAUUUUCGUCUCCGGUACGAUGUUGUUCCGUCUCAUGCAUCCCCUGGAAUGACAGCUGAAGCCAUUGGUACCGCCUUUUACAAUGCCUUACAGCCAAUCACAGCUCUCGAAAAUCCCCGCACGGAGACGUUUAGUCGUUGUGCGCAGGCGCAUGUCACUCGGUAAGUCCCUCACUUCUCACAAGCUCACAGGAGUGUGAAGAUGGCGGUGGGGUCUGGCAUGCUAGACGAGCCUUUUUCACACACAGAGGUGAAUAAAGCGGUGGUUUGUCAUCCCGAACAGUCUGUAGAGUCACACCUGUCGUUCUUGUGUCACAACAACCACUGUGGUAGGCACGAAGCAGCCGGUAAUAACAUGGCGAGCUAAUGUCCAGCUGGGACUUGGUCAAGACGAUUGCCAAAGCAGGUACGCUGUAAACUACUAAUGUUGUUUUCCUCUUUGUCUCUCCGAGUAAACACGAAAAGCAAGCGAAGGAGCUGACUGAUAAACACAGUACAUGUGAAAGAGUCUUGCCCCAUCACAUUCAAGAGUGUUUGUGCUGCUUUCUAAACAAGUUGGAGUGCAGGGGGGUUUCAUCAUAUAACGAGCUCCCCAUGGUUCAACUAUGGAUGCACCGACGCACAGCACAGACUCCAGCUCGGGACACGAACCUGGCAAAAAACUUGUUGUUAGUGACGGAGUAACUUCUCUCCCCAAUCACCAGGGGAAAGUAGUGCAUACUUUCAAUGGCCAAACUAUGGACUCUCACAAUUCAGGAAGCGGGGGGGCGACAGCGACAAGUGGCACUACUAACAACAACAGCAAUGCGAUAUCUGUCACUGCUUUCAACAGUGGACCGGGGGUCUCGAAAGGGCUGCUCGGUGCUGCUACAAUGCACCCCUCGUCCAACAGUGUCAUUCAGACGCCGCUCAUGAACUCCCAGACUGCUUUGAGCCCAGCAACAACAGGAGCCACUGUGACCCUCGUCAGGCCGCCUAUGCAAACCACGGGGUCGGUAGCAACUUUGAAUGGGAACAAUAAUGCGAGCCAUGCUGCUGUGGUGGCCAAUGCAUUGGGUCACACAGGUACCAUCGGUUCACACAGCCCGCUUGUAAACAAUGCAUCCAGCGCAGGCUCGCACAUAAUCAAGGCAGAGCCCCCCACCACAAUAAUACAGACAGCCCCACCGCCGGCUGUCACUCCGGGGGUCGUCAGCUCUCCCCGGUUCCCCACGACAGGAGCUCCCGGUCCAGGCCUGAUCCGAGCCUUCACGCCUCAGAUGUUGGCCCCCAGGCUCCAGCAGACCUCCCCGGGACAGCCCAGCGUUCAUAACAUCCAGCUACCCCCGGGGAUGGUGCUCGUACGCAGCGAGAGCGGACAGCUGCUGAUGAUUCCUCAGCAGGCUCUCGCCCAGAUGCAGGCCCAGGCUCAGGGAGGCACGGCACCACGGACCGCCACACCAACAAGUGUACCUCCUGUUCAGGCUCCUGGAAACUCCAUCAUCAGCAGACAAGUGACUCCCAGCACCAUCAUCCGCCAGGGGGGUCCGACCCCAACACCCCUCUCUGCGACCACCACUCUUCACAGACCCCCUGUCCUUCAGAGUUCAGUUGGGGCUGCAGUAACAGGAAUGACCCCCAGGACCGCCAGCCCGUCAGUUGGGAGCCAACUUGCCCCGAUAUCAGUGAGCAAAGAGACAAUGGAGAACGUGAAGAAAUGUAAGAACUUCCUGUCCACACUGAUCAAGCUGGCCUCCACUGGGAAGCAGUCCACAGAGACUGCAGCGAAUGUGAGAGAGCUGGUCAAAGACCUGCUGGAAGGCAGACUGGAGGCUGAGGAAUUCACCAGCAGAUUGUACAAAGAGCUCAACUCCUCCCCCCAACCCUACCUUGUGCCUUUCCUCAAGAGAAGCCUCCCAGCCUUGAGGCAACUCACCCCAGACUCAGCAGCCUUCAUCCGGCUGAGUCAGCUCCCGGUGCCAGCCUGUAGUACGGUCCCCUCCACCUCCCCCGUCCCCACCUCGGUGGUCCUGGGCAGCCCUUCUCCCCGCCUCAUGACCCCCGUCAGCAGACCCCAGCUCCAGACAAGCAUCAGCAAACCAGGACCUGCCCCCUCACUGGUUAUCCAGCCUCAGCAGCAGAGAACAAUGUUGAGACCUCAGGUAGCCUCGCCGACGCCCACCAUGGUAGCCCACAGGAACCAGGUCCCCGGCCGCAUCAUGCUGGGCCAGCAGCACGUCCAGCUGCAGCCAGUUCCUGUGAAGACGGAGGGUUCACCUUUUCCGAGGCAAGUCUCUGCUGCAGCGCUGACCCUCGCUCAGAGGAACAAGCUGAGAGAGGCGGGGGGCUUGUUCAAAGAUGAUGACGACAUAAACGAUGUGGCCUCGAUGGCUGGAGUGAACCUCUCGGAGGAAAGCGCUAACAUCCUAGCUACCAAUUCUGGUCUAGUGGGAGCGGUGACGCGGUCCUGUAAGGACGAGGCGUUCCUUUCCUGCGCCCUCCUGCAGAGGAGGAUGAUGGAGAUCGGCAGGAAGUACGGUGUGACCGACCUGGGGGCCGACGUGGUGACCUUCGUCUCCCACGCCACGCAACAGCGGCUACAGACCCUGCUGGAGAAAGUUUCCCAAGUAGCCCAGCAGAAGAGCUACUCCAUAAAGGAGGACGACAGUUAUGAGCAGAGCAGCGAUGUUCGUGCUCAGCUCAAGUUCUUUGAGCAGCUGGACCAGCAGGAGAAACAGAGGAAGGAGGAGCAGGAGAGGGAGAUCCUCCUGAAGGCAGCUAAGUCUCGAGCUCGGCAAGAGGACCCAGAGCAGCUGCUUCUGAAACAGAAGGCGAAAGAGAUGCAGCAGCAGGAGCUGGCUCAGGUGAGGCAGAGGGAGGCCAACCUGACGGCUCUCGCUGCCAUCGGACCGAGGAAGAAGAGGAAGCUCCUGGACUCUCAGUCCUCCUCCGCUGCAGCCGAGGGGUCCGGGUCAGGUCCCUCCCUCUCCGGCGGGGCGGGGUCUUCGGGCUCCAGGCCGACGCGGCAGCGAAUCACACGCGUCAAUCUCAGGGACCUGCUGUUCUGUUUGGAGAACGAGAGAUUUUCCAGUCACUCCCAUUUCCUCUACAAGGGCUUUCUCAAAUAGACUGGGUGUCAGCGGGGAGAGGAGGGAGAGAUCAAACGCUGCCUCCACGCAGAGACUCUUUUUAAAUGAGGAGGAGGAGGAGGAGGAGGAGGAGGAAGAGGGGGGCAGAGGUUUUCCAGAUAAACCUGAUAAUCUGAUGAACAGAAGCAGCCACGUUGGAUGGCCUCUCUUCUCAAAUAAUGAUCAGAGAAAUGGACAAAUGCUAAUUACUGUUCAAGAAAGUGCAAAGAUGGAUGUGUGUUACGAGAGGGUUUAUGAAUGAACACUUUUCAAUUAUGCACAGAACAGUUUAUAAUCAGAUGAUUUGUGUUAGCAAUGGACAUCGACACAUUUGUUUUUAAUAGACAACUAAUUUGUAUUGAAUAUUGAUUGUAGAUUUUUCCUUUUUUCUUUUUAACUGAAUUAGUUUGAACUCCGAACUGUGUAACCUACUGAGUUGCCUUCCUAACUAUGAAUAAGCCAUAUAGCCAUCGCGAAACAAUUAACCCUGCUGUCACUCACGAAGCAGUAGUCAUUUCCAGUAGGCUACUUGAUUUUAUUGUCAGCAUAUUUAUUUACUAAACUCAAUCUUAAAUGAAUGUUUAUUUAUUUUAAUUUCAUAUGAAGCUUCAGUCGUUUCAUGUAGUUUAAAUGCAACAUUCUUAGGAUAUGUUUAAAAUCAACGUAGACAUUGUAGUUUGGUGAAUAGAUUUUAGUGCGUGAAGAAGAAUUCUUCGUAUUUUCAUGUUUUAAAUCGUUCAUUUAAAAUGUAUUUGAUUUCUAAAUAGAUGGCUUUUAAACCCUUAUUAUAUACCAAACUUGCAUCUACCUGAAAGCGAUCUCUAUUUUUGUAGCUGCCCACCAACACACAUUUGUACUCUUUCAAUAUUGACUGACGGUGUCCUCCGACUCAGCAAGGUGCAGUUUCCUUCUGUAUAUUUGUAAAUGUUACACCUACAGUUUUACACAUGUUUUUGUAUAGAGUUGAGAAUUUAACCACCCAGAAUAAAGAAAAACACAUUUUCUCUAUUAAAAUGUUUGAAUAAAUAAUGAUUUUACAGUAA